GUGGCUGACUAAAUACUUUUUUUGCCCCACUGUAUAUGGUGCAAUGUGAUCUAGUCUUUAAAACAGGAAAUCCAGAAUGGUUUUGCAUCAGUUGGAAAAGCUCUGAAGGAUAUCUAUUGCCUUAGAUCUUGCUUCAGUUAUUCAUGUUCCCCAUUCACAAAGUGUAUGUAUCCAAGGCCUUUGUCCAAUUGCCCUAUUUGGUAGUUGCUGGUUCUCUCCCCUCCCCCAAUGCAAAUUUAACCAUGAAGACAGGACUCAUCCAUAGAAGCGGUUCAUAGAGAACUCCGAGUGAGAGAUUCAGGCCAACCAUCACAACACGUAUUGUUGUGCUACACUGAAUAAAAAUAUAAACUCAACAUGUAAAGUGUUGGUCCCGUGUUUCAUGAGCUGAAAUAUACGUCCAAGAGAUGUUCCAUACACACAAAAAGCUUAUUUCUCUCAAAUUGUGAGCCUAAAUUUGUUUACAUCCCUGUUAGUGAGCAUUUCGCCUUUGCCAAUAUAAUCCAUCCACCUGACAGGUGUAACAUAUCAAGAAGCUGAUUAAACAGCGUGAUCAUUUCACAGGUGCACUAACUGGGGAGCCAGGCCCAGCCAAUCAGAAUGAGUUUUUUCCCCCACAAAAGGGCUUUAUUAUAGACAAACACUCCUCAGCAUCCCUCCCACCUCUCAUCAGACAAUCUUGCAGGUGAAGAAGCUGGAUGUGGAGGUUCUGGGCUGGCGUGGUUACACAUGGUCUGUGGUUGUUAAGCUGGUUGGAUGUAAUGCCAAAUUCUCUAAAAUUGAAGUUGGAGGCAGCUUAUGGUAGAGAAAUUAACACAAUUCUCUGGCAACAGCUCUGGUGGACUUUCCUGCAGUCAGCAUGCCAAUUUUACGCUCCCUCAACUUGAGACAUCUGUCGCAUUGUGGUGUGUGACAAAACAGCACAUUUUAGAGUGGCUUUUUAUUGUCCCCAGCACACACACAAGGUGCACCUGUGUAAUGAUCAUGCUGUUUAAUCAGUUUCUUGAUAUUAUUUUAUUUUUUUUACCUUUAUUUUACUAGGCAAGUCAGUUAAGAACAAAUUCUUAUUUUCAAUGACGGCCUAGGAACAGUGGGUUAACUGCCUGUUCAGGGGCAGAACGACAGAUUUGUACCUUGUCAGCUCGGGGAUUCGAUAUAUGCCACACCUGCCGUGUGGAUGGAUUAUCUUGGCAAAGGAGAAAAGCUUAAUUGGUAAAAUAUCCCUUACACAGCCUGGAGGUGUGUUGUGUCAUUGUCCUGUUGAAAAACAAAUGAUAGACCCACUAAGCCCAAACCAGAUCGUAUGGCGUAUUGCUGCAGAAUGCUGUGGUAGCCGUGCUGGUUAAGUGUGCCUUGAAUUCUAACUAAAUCAGUGUCACCAGCAAAGCACCCCCACACAUUAAACACCUUCUCCAUGCUUUACCACACACGCGGAGAUCAUCCGUUCACCCACACUGCCUCUCACAAAGACACGGCGGUUGGAACCAAAAAUAUCAAAUUUGGACUCCAGACCAAAGGACAAAUUUCCACCGGUCUAAUGUCCAUUGCUUGUGUUUCUAGGCCCAAGCAAGUCUCUUCUUAUUGCUGUCUUUUUUAGUAGUCUUUUCUUUGCAGCAAUUCGACCAUGAAGGCCUGAUGUGUCUGUUACUUGAACUCUGCGACGCAUUUAUUUGGCCUGCAAUUUCUGAGGCUGGUAACUCUAAUGAACUAAUGUAACUCCUGGAUCUUCCUUUCCUGUGGCGGUCCUCAUAGCGCCUGAUGAUUUUUGCGACUGCACUUGAAAAAAUGUUCAAAGUUCUUUAUUUUCCAGAUUGACUGACCUUCAUGUAUUAAAGUAAUGAUGGACUGUCAUUUCUCUUUGCUUAUUCGAGCUGUUCUUGCCAUAAUAUGGACUUAGUUCUAUUUGGUAAAAGACCAUCAUCUGUAUACGAUCCCUACACAACUGAUUGGCUCAAAAGCAUUAAGGAAAGAAAUUCCACAAAUUAACUUUUAGCGUGGCACACCUGUAAAUUCAAAUACUUUCCAGGUGACUACCUCCAUGAAGCUGGUUUAGAGAAUGCCAAGAGUGUGCAAAGCUGUCAUCAAGGCAAAGGGUGGCUACUUUGAAGAAUCUCAAAUAUAAAAUAUAUUUUGAUUUGUUUAGCACUUUUUUGGUUACUACAUGAUUCCAUAUGUGUUAUUUCAUAGUUUUUAUGCCUUCACUGUUAUUCUACAAUGUAGAAAAUAGCAAAAACAAAGAGAAACCCUGGAAUGAUUAGGUGUUCCCAAACUUUUGACUGUGUGUGUGAUGCAGAAAUCCCUCCGUCAUUUCCUGGUUGCUAAAAUUUGAAUAGUUCACCUAAUUUCAGGUUGUGACAAAACAAGCAGCAAGUAUAGUGUAGAGCAGCCAAACUCAACUGGCGGUCCAGUCCUGACCCAGAGAACAGUCAAUCCGGAUGGGACAACAUAUUUCAUUUUGUUAUAUUAAAGUCAAUACAUAAUUUUUUGACAGCAUUAAAAAAAUCUGCCAGGCGCAGCGGCCUCUUCAACCUCUCACUCUCUCUCUGUUGCCAACUCCUCAGUAAGGAAAGUAGCUAUUGACUGUCCUAAAGGACGCCAUCACCUAAUUUGCACAAUUGGCCAUGUGCAUGAAAUUGUGAUGGACGCUGUUAGGCAAGAGGAAUAAUGUUGUGGGAGAGACAAAAAGGAGUAAAAAAACACCCUAAAUAUGUUUAGAACUACAAAUGAACUUUCUUCUGUUGAUUCUUGUUCUUUUUUAAUGUCACAAUUCCACCCCUCCUCCUUUAUCUGGGCUUGGGACCGGCAAAAGUGACCCAAAAGAGACACUUUGGCGGAGUUACUUAGUUUAUUUUAUUUUUUAUAUUUCUUAAUUUGGUUUUUAACCUUAUGGUCCACUUAGGAGCCUACAACAAGUCACAGUAAAACAUGAACAUUUUUAUAUAUUUUUUGUAUACAAUCUAAAUGGACCAAAAAGAGACAAUAGAAAAAAUUGUCAAUGGCAAUGUGAGAAUUAUUGUAAGUAACUAUUCUGGCCCUGAUUCAGGUUAAUUUUUAACAUUUCUAUGUAAGCCAGAGCGAGAUCAGCCAGCGGCGUCUUCUCCCAUGCGCAAUUCAUUUGCAGUCUGGAGGCGGAGGGGUGAACAUCUCCUGCUCUGACUGCAGCUGGGAGGGACUGCUGCGUGAGGACUGGGCCACCUGUGAGUGCUUUGGGACGGGAGUGGGGCCCACUGCAGCACCCGCUGCUUGUUGAGAAGAGUAAGAACGAUACGUGCUUUCAAGUCAGUCUCCAAUAACACCAGAAAAAGUCGCUAGAUUUGUCGCUAGUCGCUUUUUUGAAAAUGUGCCGCUAGUGGUCUGAAUAGUCGCUAAAUAUAGAGACAGUCGCUAAAUUGGCAACACUGCUCUCUCGAUUGACGCAACGCCCACCUCUACUAGUGCCUACUAAUCCAAUCGAGUGGCCACGUCUUACACAAUCACAUUAAUUCAAAUAUCCUUUGUGGAACCUUGGGACAAGCAGGCAGAAAGAAGCAGAUUUGACCGCAGUUCAACUGUAAAUAUGACAUAAGGAACUUUGUUACCAGUAUCUUUGUUUAAUAUGGCUUGUUAAAUAAAAUAAAAAAGUGAAACCAUAUUCAAAGACGAGUGGACGGAACAGUGUUCAUUCAUUCUCCCUGCAACUAGCACAAAACCAAUGUGUCCGUUGCUCUUGUGAAAAGUGUCAAUGUUAACAGAUUAACAGAUUAAUUUACUCAAAUCCCACACCAAAGUCCUUGUCAAUUCACUGACAGCCCAACAACAUGCAAUGGAGUGUUCACUGAGGAUAGCUUGAGUUUUGGGAGAAAAACAACUUUUCCAGGUGCAUUCUUUUACCAUCUCAGCAUGUGUGAAGUUGCUGACACUUUGCUUGAAGGUAAACUAAAAGAUGAGCUCAUGGAAAAGAUCAAACUGUUCCCAAUGUCAGAUUCUACAGCAAUGAUGAGAACUGAAAUUUUACCUGAAGAUUUCAUUUAACAACUUGAGGCCAUUCAGAGUUAAAUGUAUGGUGCAUUCUGAAUGCCCUCGUGUCUUGUAAUCUGACAGUGGGAUCUGUUUGAUCUUUUCCAUGAGUUUAUCUUUUAGUUUACCUUCAAGCAAAUGUUUUUGCAUAGACAAAUAUGCAACCACUUUUGUUCUUCAGCAUGUUUACAUUCUAAAUGAGUUGUAAUUCAAAUUCUUAGUCUCAUUUAAUGUACAGACCUGUUUGUUACUAUGCUGUACCACAGCGCCAAUAAAGGACGAUAUCCAUCAAGACCUUUGCCACCAAGGAAAUUUGUCACUGGACCUUCUGAAAUAGUAGUUGAGUACCCCUGGUGUAAAGCCUCGCUGUACUAUUUAAACCAUUGUGAAAUUACUUUUCCAUAACUACAAAUAUUGUAUUUUCAGCUGUUUGAAGCUUGUGUACAAAACUGAUAGUAAAAAAAAUAAAAAUAAUUAAACAUGCGAACAUUGAAGAGAUGCCACUUCUUAGACUUGCUUUCUAUAAUGACAGAUCUAUACCUCUCAUUUCUAUGUGAAUGUGGUUGCUUUCAGUAAUCUGGAAGGAUCCAUUUUGCCAGAAAAUGUACAGCAUUCCAAGCAAAAAUGAAUGCGUGUUUACAUUUUUUUUGUAAAAGUAAAAUGCACAUUUGACCAUUGCUAUCAGUUAUUUGAUUCUUUGUUGUAGCAAUGGACUGCAAUUGCUCUACAUAUUUGUCGAGAUGAGAAUAUCGAGACCACUUAGAUUACCCCAUCUUGAAUUGGUACAUCCUAAUACGGUUUUCCCUUUCAGCGCUCUCAGACUCACUCAAUUUGCUGGGUUGUUUUACAUAUUUUUUUUUAAACAUGGGAAAAAUGUUAAAUAUGAUAUUGGAUAGGCUGCAUGUUACUUUUAACAAUAGUCGUUGUCGAAUUUCCUUUGUUUGAAUCACAAGAAAAGUGGUCUCUGGUUUGAAAGUGCAUGAUGCCCGUAAAUGGAGGGAGACUCUUCAGUCUUAGCAGAUAUGAGACACAUUAUUUCAAAAGCCCAGUCAUGGAGGAAACCAUGUGGGAGCAGUAUACUGUGACACUGCAGAGGGACCCCAAGAUGGGUUUUGGUAUUGCAGUGUCCGGGGGGCGGGACAACCCCAAUGAGGAAAGCGGAGAGAUGUCCAUAGUAGUGUCUGACGUGCUUCAGGGAGGGCCCGCCGAUGGCCUGCUAUUUGAGAAUGACCGGGUGGUGCAGGUGAACGCUACUCCCAUGGAUGGUGUGCCACACUCCUUCGCUGUACAGACCCUCAGAAAGUGUGGAAAAGUAGCCAAAAUUACAGUCAAGAGGCCCAGGAAGGUUCCGGUCAACCUGCUGAAACACGGCCCUUCCCCUGACGACCGUGUCUUCAACAACAAUGACUAUGACCAGGAUCGCCACAGUGUGUACAGUGGACGCAGUGGUCAUCAAGAUCGCGACCACAGCCAGGAGAGGGGAGGUUACACAGACGCUGGCUACCAGGGACAGGGCUUUGACCGGCAUUAUGGUCGAGAUGACCGGGGCAGGAGUAUGGAGAGGGACCUUGAUCCAGAGAGGCAGUACAGACGAGAUGGCAGCAAAGGUCGGACUCUGGACCGCGAACGUAGCCCUGACCGCCGCUACAAAAGUGACCGCACUCUUGACCGUGACUGCAGCCCCAAUCUGCAUUACCGUAGUGAUCUCACUCUUGACCGCGACCCCAGCCCUGACAGGCGUUUCCGUAGCGAACGCACUCUGGACCGGACUAACAGCCCUGACUUGCGAUACAGAGCUGGUCACAGUCCUGCCCGCAGUCACGGUCGUGACCACAGCUUUGAGCGGAACCGCAAACGUGUUCCUAGUGACCGCGACCAGAAGAAGGAGCAGAUGAAGAGGAGUGGGAGCAGGGAACGUCUGGACCGUUCACCCUCCCCCGCCUCCAUGCCAAUCCCCAUGUCCCGCCCUCCUCGGGAGCCGGAGCCCCUGGAGAAACCCGUUAGUGUGCUGCUACUGAAGAACAGGCCCAACGAAGAGUAUGGUCUGCAUCUGGGUAGUCAGCUGUUCAUUAAGGAGAUGACCAGCACAGGUCUGGCCUGCAGGGAUGGCAACCUCCAGGAGGGAGACAUCAUACUGAAGAUCAAUGGUACGGUGACAGAGAACCUGUCUCUGAGUGAUGCAGGGAAGCUGAUCGAGAAGUCUCGUGGGAAGCUGCAGCUGGUGGUGCAGAGAGACAGAAGACAGGUCCUCAUCAGGAUUCCUCCCCUGGUAGACAGUGACUCUGAGCUCGAUGAUAUAUCCGAGAUCGGGUCGUACCGCUCCUACUCGCCACAGGAUGACCGACGGGCCCCCACCUCAGACCUGUCUUCCCAUUCCUCCAAUGAGAGGCUCCGAGACAAACCCAGGGAGGACCCACCAAGCAGGCUGGCUAAGAUGGGCGCCAUGCCGACACCGUUCGCCAUGCCGGCACGAGUAUCAGAUAGAGUUAUGGAGAACACGCCCCCUCUGCAAGCAGAGAGGGAGGAGUCCCGCCCAGAAACGCCCCCAGCACCGGUAGUCAAUGUUGCCCCAAAAGUCCACGCUUCCCCAAAGCUGCCACUGAGGCCAAGCAUAGAGGACCAGGACAUAUACGGCCCCAGCACGGGGAUGGUGCGUUUCCAGAAGGGAGAUAGCGUGGGGCUGAGGCUGGCGGGAGGAAACGAUGUGGGAAUCUUCAUUGCAGGCGUUCAGGAGGACAGCCCUGCAGAACAGGAGGGCCUUCGCACCGGGGACCAGAUCAUGAAGGUGAAUAACAUGGACUUCAGGGGCAUAGUGCGUGAGGAUGCUGUCCUGUACUUGCUGGAGAUUCCAAAGGGAGAUGAUGUCACCAUCCUGGCUCAGAGCAAACCUGAUGUCUAUAAGGACAUCCUGGCAUCGGGUCGGGGGGAUUCUUUCUUCAUCAGGACCCACUUUGAGUAUGAGAAAGAGGUUCCCCAGAGCCUGCCCUUCUUCCGGGGGGAGAUCUUCAAGGUGACGGACACACUCUAUGACGGCAAGCUUGGCAACUGGCUGGCCAGCCGCACUGACAAAGACAACCAGCUGCUGGAGAAGGGUAUCAUCCCCAAUAAGAGCAGGGCCGAACAAAUGUCAAAUGUGCAGAACGCCCAGAGAGGAACAGCCAAUGACAGAGGAGACUUCUGGAGGUUGAGAGGUCAAAGAGCGGUGAAGAAGAAGGACCUCCGUAAGAGCAGAGAGGACCUGACUGCCAUCUCUGUCACCACACGCUUCCCUGCCUAUGAGAGGGUGGUCUUACGAGAAGCUGGCUUCAGGAGACCAGUGGUUGUGUUUGGGCCCAUCGCAGACGCAGUCAAUGAGAAACUGGGAAACGACCUGCCUGAAGAGUUUGUCAUAGCCAAGACUGAGCCCAAGGAUGCAGGCACUGAGAAGUCCUCCGGUGUGGUGAGACUCAAUACCAUUCGACAGAUCAUAGAACAGGACCGCCAUGCCCUGCUGGAUGUAACUCCCAAGGCAGUGGACACCCUGAAUUAUACCCAGUGGUACCCCAUCGUGGUGUUCCUCAACCCGGACAGCAAGGGUGGCGUCAAGACCAUGAGGAACCGCCUGGUGCCCGGCUCCAACCGCAGUGCCCGCAAACUCUACGAGCAGGCGGUCAAACUGAGGAAGACCUGUUCUCACCUCUUCACCGCGACCGUUGACCUGAACUCAGCCAAUGAUGGGUGGUACGGGAGUGUGAAGGACUCUAUCCGGGCACAGCAGGAGCGGGCCGUGUGGGUCUGUGAGGGCAAGUUGGACGGCUGAGAGGACCUGGAUAUCCAUGACGACCGCAUGUCAUACCUGUCAGCGAUGAGCGCUGACUACCUGAGCAUGGACAGCCGGCUGACCAGUGACUACGACGACACGGCCGAUGAGGGUGGGGCUUACACCGACAACGAGCUGGACGAGCCAAUGGACGAGCCCCAUCAGCCGGUGUCGGCAAUCAGCCGCUCCUCAGAGCCCGUACUGACAGAGAGACCCCAUCUUGCCCCCAUACCGCGUAUGAGGAGAUCAGGGAGCAGAGAGGGGCUGAGAGACCCCAGUCCACCCCCCUCCUUCGUCCCUGAGCCCCCCAAGCAGGUGAGGGUGCAGUCUCGCGGGGGCUACGACUCCCACUCCAGUAGCACCAUUAGCAGCGACACUGCCGGGGGGACCAAGUCAGCCCCGCCUCCAGUUGCCCUCAAGCCCACCGUGGCCCUUAAGCCUACUCUGAGGGCACUCAACCAGUCAUCUGAGGACCACGCUGUCCCGGAGGGAGAGGACCCGGCCAACCGCUCCUUCAUGGGCAAGGUGAAGGCCUUUGAAAAGAUGGACCACCUGGCCAGAGCCCAGAGGAUGCUGGAGCUCCAGGAGGCUGAGCAAGCACGGCUGGAAAUAGCCCAGAAGCACCCAGACAUCUAUGCAGUCCCAGUGAAACUACCAAAGCCCAACCACAACCGCCCACAGCCAAUAGGCUCCAGCUCCAACCCGGAGCCCCAGACCCCAUCCUCCAGGCCACCGUACUCUGAGAGUAGGGGUCAUUUCGACGAUGAUGAGGAAGAGUACCGCAGACAGCUGGCUGACCAGAACAGACGAGGCUACUACAGUAACCCCCAGAAAUACAAAGACACUGAGCUGUAGGACAGACAGACCCACCUAUCGCACCCUUCCGUUCUCACCCAAUCAGCGAGGCCCUCACUGUGCUCACUCAAACAGCCUAGUGUUACGGUUGCCUAUCCGAAUCUUUGGCCCGACCUAGUGGCAGGAGGAUAUAUCCCGUUCCUUGUGAUCACUAACCAAGUGUGUCCUUACCUUGACUGUUUGUUUGCCUCACUAUGUGGAUGGUGAAUCGGCAUUUUAACAUCCCAACCUCAAUGUCUACCCUGAUGGGUAGUGUUUGAUCUUCACCCUCAACCCCUCGGUCAUAUCUGCCCAGACCAAUGCAGUCUAAGUACCCUGUCUUUUAAAAGAAAUAUAAACCUUACAUUUGUGUAUAUAUUUAUCUUUAUACAUGUUAUACAUCUUAAGCAUUCUUUGUUACAUUAAUAGAAAUGUAUUUGGACGGACAUAAUAUUUUGUCUACUGCUGCUCUAUGGUCUGCUAGUGGUGGAGAAUCUAUCCUUUAUCCUUUUAAAUCAUGCAUUGCAUACCCUUUUGAUUUACUCUACACUUGGACAUUUUGUCUCCUUAAAUACUAGAGAUCAGCACAUACAAAGUGCCUUUAGCUCUGAAAGUGUAACAGUGUCAGAUCACUGAAAGAACAAACAAGCAGUCAACACUUGGCUCUCAGAGGUGAUGGGCAAAACAUGCCAGUUUACUUCUGUAUUAGCUGCAUCCAUACAACCUGAGACGAUCACAUUUUUAUGGCAUAUACAGUAUAUACGUUUUUGUUUUUUUACCAGGAGACUGACUCUUACUGUCUUUAACAUGUCUGUUGCUUUGCUCUACAUGUCUGUAUUCCUCUACUGUUUUUAUUCAUGUUCCUCAGGCUGCUGAAAUCGACUGUAGGGAGUUUUACUUUCUCAAACAAAUACAGAAAUAAAUAACUUAACUUUCA